UUUUCGUCAAUUCCAGCGGCCUCCACCACUUCGCUGCGGCUUACUCGGCCUGCGCGUGCGUAUCAUACUCACAAUUCGCUGCAUCGAACAUUGGUGCUUUGACCAAUUGGAUUCUGCAGCUGCCGGCGCCUUGUCGCGGUCGCGCCUCGUCGCUUCUUCUCACGAUUGUCUCUCCAUCCAUCACAAUUAUAAACGACGUCGAUGGCCGAAGGUGCUGCUUUCAAGGAGCGCGAGGGAGCGCUGCUGCGCGAGCUCUCGGCGCUGUAUACGAAGCUCAACCAGGUGCGGGAGAAGCGCGUCAAGGCGGAGCAGGAGAGUGGCGAUAACGACCACGACACGGACGACGAGGGCGUCAAGGGCUCGAGACGACGUCGUCGCGUGCUGCUGGUCACCCGCACACUGCCCUUCUGGCUCGUAUCUGAAGACGCACAGUCGCAAUGGCGCGCUGAAUUCCCAGAGCACGCGAGUCUUAAUGGAGCCAUGGAGAUUUUCCAGUCACUACACGAGAACUAUGACUGCGUCUGGAUCGGGUCGGUUCAUGGAGAAAUCGAGCCUAGCGAGCAAAAUACUUUAAAGGAACAACUGCUGCAAGACCGCAAGUAUUACCCCGUAUUUCUAGAUGAAAAGAGAGAACGACUAUACUAUCAGGGCUUCUGCAAGACCGUCAUGUGGCCUCUGUUCCACUCGUGUCCGCCCACAACGGACGACCAGAUUACGCAGCAUGAAACGAUGGAAGGCGGACAAGAGGACGAGCGCAGUAUGGAGAAAAUGUGGCAGGCUUAUGUAGCGACCAAUCAGGCGUUUGCAGAUGCGGUACAAGAAGUUUACGAAGAAGGAGACUUGGUCUGGAUCCAGGGGUAUCACUUGACGCUGGUGCCGCAAAUGGUGCAGAAUUUGUUCCCGAAUGACAAUAUUUGUCUGGGAUUCUUCAUGCACAUUCCGUUCCCAUCGGCAGAGCUGUAUCGGAUACUGAACAAUCGCGAGGAAAUUUUGACAGGCAUGUUGGGCGCGGAUUUGAUCGGCUUUCAGACGUACGAGUACGCCCGACACUUUCAAAGUGCAUGCGUGAGACUAUUGGGACUCGAGAGCAGCCACAAAGGUGUGGAUUUUAACGGACAUUUUGCGCGUGUGACUAUUUGUCCAGUGGGAAUUGAUGCUGAGAAAUACAUCGCGAUGGUACAGUCCGAUGCUGUUCAGGAGCAAAUGAAGCAAUUAGAGGGUCAAUUUUCAGACAAGAAAGUAAUUUUGGGCGUGGACCAACUGGACCAGACCAAAGGAUUGGUGCAUAAAUUACUUGCAGUUGAGGAACUGUUCACUCACAAGCCUGAACUUGCGAAAGAAGUGGUGUUUCUGCAGAUUGUUACGGGAGCAUCAGUGUACGAGUCUGCACUGGAGUCUCAAGUCGAGUCGCUUGUGUCGCGUAUUAACAGCAAGUUGCAAGAUAUCGGUACUGAAGGUCCCGUUCAGUAUUUGAAUAAAGAGAUCGCUGUGGAGGCUCUGAUCGCGCUGUAUGCGCUGGCAGACGCGCUUGUGAUCACUCCUGUACGCGACGGUAUGAAUACUGUUCCCUUUGGGUAUAUAGUCUGUCGAGAGGCCACGGACAAGCACGCUCGCGUGAUCCUGAGUGAAUUUGCAGGUUGUGCUCAAUCCUUGGGCGGCGCGCGCCUUGUGAAUCCCUGGAAUACCGAAGAAUUGACGGAUGCGCUGCAGGAAUCUCUCCAAGACAACGAUGAAGUGAUGCGUGCCCACCAGCACAUGUACAGCUACGUGAGUUCGUUCACUUCGUGGCAUUGGGCGGAUAAUUUCCUGGAACAGCUUCACGAGUGCAGCGAAGAGAACGCUCUAUCUGUAUCUGGACGCGAGUUGAGUCGUAGAGAUAUGACUUCAGCAUAUUCGCGAUCAUCUCGACGACUGAUUUUCAUUAAUUACGAAGGUGUACUUGCUGUUGAGGCGUCGAUCCCGGAGCUGGCUUAUCCGCCUCAAGAGCUUAUCUGGCAAUUGUCUAUGCUUACGAAGGAUCCACGCAAUACGGUGGUGUUGGUAAGUGCACGUAGCACUUCAGUCUGUGAGCAGUGGUUUGCUGGGCUCUCGGGGAACCUCGUUCUUGCUGCAGAGUAUGGCGUUUACGUUAAGUGGGUCGGUGAGAACGAGCAUUGGCACUGUAUGGUGCCGAAUAUGGACAUGAGUUGGUGGGAACACGUCGUGCCGUUGCUGGAGUACUACACAGAGCGUACCCCAGGUGCGUACAUCGAGAGAAAAGAUAGUUCAGUGGCGUGGCAUUACCGUGACUGUGAUCUGGACCAUGGCUUAUGGCAAGCGAGUGAGCUAUUGGUCUCUUUACGCGAGAUCACGCGGUCGCUCCCAGUGUCAGUGUGUCCCGGUAACCGGUAUCUGGAAGUACGACCUCAAAAAGUUAGCAAGGCUACGUUGUUUGAGCGCAUAUGGGAGUUUAUGAACUGGUCUUUGCUAUUCCCCGAUGAAGAUCCAGCGACAACGGAGUAUUUCGGAGAACCGGUACACCCGCCGUCAUCGCCAAUGAUAAAACCACGUGGAUUCCACACUGACCCUAUUGGCGAAGAUGAUACGACUGGGUUUAGUUUGGACGAUCUUGAGUAUCGGGCAGAUCGGAAGGAUUCUGUGAGCUUUAACAUGGAUGCUGGGGCGCUGACUUUAGGCCAGUUGGAGGAUGUGGACGAUAAGCAUCCUGUCGAUUUCGUGUUGGUCAUCGCGUCAGGUGAUGACAGAACGGAUGAAGAUUUGUUCUCAUUCCUGGUGCCACCUCCGAUUGAUCUGGAGGCAUAUUGUCGACAGCUCGAAAAAGACGAGUUUGAGAAUCUAUCCGACAGUGAACAGGAGGGAAUAAAACCCGAUAUUGAUGAGUCGUCUUCGUUUUCUCAACGGAGUUUUAUCCUGGACGCAGGCGAGAGUGAAGGUGGCAUUGGAUCUUCCAGCUUUGGGGAUAUUAGUGAUGACAUGUCUUACAACGCCUUUCGACGGCUUCUGGGUCGAGAUGGCAGCUCCGCGUCACUCGCUACAGGAUCUGGAGAGCGAGGAGGUCUAUCGGCUGCUGCAUCGUUGGCUCGGCUUUCGCAGCCCAAUGAUUCCGAUUUUCUCAUGCUAGGUGAGAAUAUGACAAAGCUGACUCCACUUGCGAAGCCUUCGAUCUCUGAAGGUGCUGCGAAUAUGUUCCCGGUGGCGAUGCUGAAUCGACCAUCGAAUGCUCGGCGCGAUGAAAUUACUGAGAAGAGCAAGUUUACUCCUCGUCGUGACUUCCCGCCAUCUGCUGCUUUAUUCAAGGCUAUGAAGGUGAAAUAUGGCGACAACUUUGGCAUUCACAGACUUCCGGAUACACCGGCAGCUUGCUGGGCACUCGUUUGUCCACCUACUGCACGUGCCAAGCUCGAAGAUGGCGUGGGGCAGAGCUCGGAAGGAAAGUCAUCCAUCACUGGAAGCCCGGAUGUGGAGCGUUCACCACCGGGUGAGUCGUCGGGCAAUAGCUCAGCAAGCAGUUUGUCACCUCCCUUGCCAGCCGAAGGCAGUGGUAAUGAUGAAGAGCACACUCGACACGAGACUGAAGACAAGUCGCCUAAGAUUAUCGCUGCAAAGGAGCUCCCAGAAGGUGAGUCGGUCAGUCAAACGACGUCGGUAUCUACGGAUGAAGCUGAAGACGGUCGAUAUCGCUUUCCGGUCAACACGUUUGUGUGCACACUUGGCCGCAAACUCUCACAGGCGCCGUACUUUAUCAAGAACUCUGGAGAUUUAUUCCAACUAUUACAAGAGAUGGGUAUGAGCAGCCACAUUCGCAAGCAGCGAAUGCUCUCCAUGGGCAGUGUCGGGGAUAUUUAAGGCGGACAAGGAGGUCUCUACGCUAGACCUUUCAUGCGCAGCAAGCCGAUUGCAUUUCCCACACCAGUGUGGUGUGUAUAUUCCUUGGCUGGGUUAUCGACACGCAUGGAAAGCGUUAAUUAUUUUAUUCAACGGGGGGCAACAGGAAGCAAAUUUUGAAAAUGAAAAGCAUAGGAUGACACCCCCAUACAAGCAAUAAAAGAGUUGAGAAGUGAGAAAUCCUUACCAUUUUCAUCGCACAGCAGGAACAACCACUCGGAUGUGUAGCGACGGACGUCAGUGUCGAGGCAUGUGAGGAAAAACUUCAAGUGUUUGAAGAAAAGUAUCUUUGUCCGGCCAAAGGCAUUGGUGACAGAGUCUGUGGGCUCUGUUGCUGGUAAAACAGCAUCCUUGAAGCACGUUAGGAUGUCUUGGCCACCAGUCUUUGCCAGAUUGUGGCACACGAUAAUUGUGGGCAGCAUCUCCUUCAGCGGGCUGGAUAGCAGACGUUAGCGAAACAAUAAGUGUCAGCUGGCGCAUCACUUACCUGGUUUUCUCGACCCGUACUACGAGCAACAUGGCGUGUAGAUGAUCUAGAACUGGUGAGAGUAGUGAUCUUUCUAUAUAACCAGCAUUUUCGCGAUGUUGCUGCUGGAUAAAUGCUGCCAAAAGACUUCCCGGGAGGAACAUGAACACCUCCAUUACUUUAUUCUUCAGCUCGAUAAGACUGUCGUUCAGCGGAGAUAAGCUUGGAUGUUUGAACUGUAGAAUCUCCAGUAGCAAACGCCCAAGUCUGUGUAUCCUCAAUAUGCAUUAGCAUUGUUUUUUGUACUUCAAGUAGUUAGCAUUAAAGUGCAAUUGAUACCUUACCGAUGAACAGUACGGAAAA